CGGAUGAGUUUGAUAGGCGUUAGUAUCCUGCGUCUUCGCAGUCAUAAAUGUUUGCAAUAAUACCCUCUUUUUUUUUUAUUGGCGAAUUUGGUUACAUAAUAUAUGGAUUGAUGCCUAGGUGUGACUAAAAGUUGAAUUUGGACUUGGUACCCUCUCAAUGUGAAGCCCUACAGUCAAGAAUGAAAAAGCGGUCACCGGAAGACAAAGUUGCUUCAAGCAGUACAAACUGUUGGAUAGAUCCAGCUUUCACCGAUUUGACAGGAGAGAACUUACUUGUUUCUGGAAAGAAAAGGGGUCAGGUUUUGGGUUCCAAAACUGAAGCAGUGAGGCCUCGCAAGAGGAAAGGGGAGACCGUCAGCUCAGGCCCUUGUGCGAUGUACCCACAGAAACACUCUGGCCACGAGGAACAGGAUGAACCCUGGGUGGACAGAUACACGCCAUGUUCAAAGGAUGAUUUAGCUGUUCACAAGAAGAAGACAGAAGAGGUGGAGAGCUGGCUGAGAGUCCAUACAGACACACGACAGGGUGGACUAUUGCUGCUCACCGGACCACCGGGCUGUGGAAAGACUGCUGCAGUCCAGGUUUUGUCUAGCGAGCUGGGCUUAAGAAUUCAUGAGUGGACCAAUCCUCCUAACCUGGACUCAUACACCAUCAGUAAGCAUGACAGGAUGACAAACAGCUUAUCCAGUAUCUCACAGUCAGCCCAAUUCCAGGAGUUUCUCCUUAGGGCCAACAAGUACAACUGCUUGAAGAUGGUGGGUGAUGGCAGACCUACACUCAUUAAGCUCAUAAUGGUUGAGGAAUUCCCAAACCAGUUUUACCGAAAACCUAGUGAUCUGCAUGAUAUUCUGAGGUACUUUGUGAAGACCAGUCGAUGCCCCCUGGUGUUCAUUGUGUCCAAUAGCCCAAGUGGAGACAGUAGUUCAAGAUUCCUUUUUCCCAGAGAAAUCCUGGAGGAGCUGGACAUCAUUAACAUCAGUUUUAAUCCAGUGGCUCCAACUACUAUGAUGAAGGUUCUGAAUCGUAUUCUCACCCAUGAGAAUGGAAAGAGCAAUGGAAGAGUCAUUGUCCCAGAUCAGACAGUGUUGGAGAUGGUGUGUUCAGGAAGUUAUGGAGACAUUCGCAGUGCCAUUAACAGCCUGCAGUUUGCCUCAGUUCCAGACUAUUCACAGGAAAAGGAUGUGUUGAGGGGGAACAAUCCUAUGAUAUUACAGGGUAAGGCAGUUUCCAGAUCAACCAUAAGGAAGAAAUCAAAACCAACAAAGGGACAGGAAGAAGAACAAACCUUUGGAAAGAAGGAUACUUGUCUGUUCCUAUUCAGAGCACUGGGAAAGAUACUGCAUUUUAAAACUUUUACAUAUAGUUCAUUCUUCAGCCAACUGCUGCAACACAAAGCGGACUUGAUUAAUGUGACUCUCCUCAUGGGGGGGAAAAUAUAUAAUUGGAUCUCUGGCGUACUACCACUCAUCACGAUAAGUGAACUUCACUACGUGUCCACCAUGUAUCUCGAGUUUGUUUCAAACAAACCAAAUGUGGAAAAUGGGGGGAGUCCUGAAGGUGUGAAAGCAGCCGAGAGUGCCUUUGGACGGUUACCGUCACACCUUUCUCAACACCACAGAGAGAAUUUACACGUGGACCCUGAGUGGGUUAUAGAACGUUCGUAUGUGUCUGGGGAGUUCUUCAACCUGUACCUGCACCAGAAUUACCUGGAUUUUUUUUCUGGGAUGGAAGACGUCGAUAAAGCCAGCGAGUAUAUGUCUGACGCUGACCUCCUCACAUCUGAUUGGAUGAGUAGUAAUACCAUGGGGGAAUAUGCGUCUUCAGUUGUCACCAGAGGGCUUCUUCACUCCAACUCUCAACAAGUAGCUGUUGGCUUCAGACCACUGCACAAACCCAACUGGUUGCUGGUCAGCAAGAAGCAUCAGGAAAACUGCCUGGCUGCUCAGUGCCUGUUUCGCCACUUCUGUAUGACACCAGUCAGCCUUCAGACUGAGUUGCUACCCUAUCUGGCCAAAUUCACCAACCCCUUGAGGAACCAAGAUCAGAUAACAUUUAUCCAGGAUGUGGGUCACAUGUCACUGAAGAGGUUCCCUGUAAGGUUAAAACUGGAGGCCCUGACUGACCAAGAAGGCCAGCUGAAAAGUGAAAGUGAGGAGGACAUAGAGGAUGUACAGGAAGGAUCUCAGGAGUGUCUAUCAGCCAGUCAACCGCAGCACCCAGCAACUAGUAUCGAGGAGGAGGACAUAAUGAUUGAAGAAUAUGAUAGUGAAUAAGGCAUGUAAUACAAAUCUGCACUGACCAUAAUCCAUAAUGUGAGAUUUAUUUAUUUAUUUAUUUUGAGCUGAGUUCAGGAAGUUUAAGGACAGAUAUUCCUUCUUUCAUCUGAAAGAAACGGUUCAUCAGCAUUUGAAUGAAGGUAUACAUUUUCAUAUUACCCGACACAUAUAUUCCUUCAUGUUCCUUCAAGGUUCGAAGUCCUCCAUUCCAAAAACACAUUACCCAUUUUGAUUCGAAUCGUACUUUGACUUUUGCAUGCAUCUUCCAAUGUUACAUCAAUUCAAGUAGGGUGCUGUACAUAAUUCCAUCGUUUCCAUAACCAACAUACAUUCUCACAUCAAAAUGACUGAACAAUAUUUUAUUUACCUAAUGAAUAUUAGUCUUGAUUAGACUUGAAACUAUUUCAUCACAGGACUCUUGAGUUUUACCCCCCACGGAGUCCAAGAUUUGGGACUCUAUAGGCUGGAGGAAUAUUGAUUGUCAUGUGAUUAUUAUUUUAAGUUGGACUGAGGAAGUAGUGUUUCACAUUUGCAUGUUACAGUAUCAUAUAUAUAUAUAUAUAUAUAUUGAAGGUAAUGUAGAGUUUCAGGGGUAACUGGGUGUUUAUUGCAGUAUAGCAUAUAAUGUAAAUCAGAUAAGGGUGUGGGGGUGUGCUGCAUGAAAGCUCCCAGCAGGGUGGAUACUGAUCCAGCAGAGACCAGAUGUCAAGGAAGACAAUGACUGCGGGGAGCCACUAUAAACAUUAGAUGCAAGACUGUGGAGACGGCAAAUGGCCAUCGUUUUGCAGAACAAUGAGGACAACAGUCGGCGUUGGACCAAUCACAUGACAGCAAUCCCAUACUUCCACUUUGAAACAUUGUAUUAGUCGAGGGCAAGAACAGAGAGCUUUGUUCAGUCUGCUCUGUCUUUGCUGAGGCUAGGGUAAGCGUAGCUGCUGACCCAGAGCUCUGUAAAAUGUAUAGACUCCUCUGUCAGGAAUAAAUUGGUUGACUUUUAA